UCUCUCUCUUCCCUGGUCAACCAACACUACACAUAAAUAGAUCUCCAACAUUUUACUCUCAAAUCCGCAAGUAUAUCAACUGGUCCUUCUAUUCCCUUAAAGUUUUCACAACCUAAUUGAAUCUUCUUUUUUCUUUUUUUUCUAAUUUUUGUGUGUCCUUUUUUUUUUUCGAUCUAGUCGGCUUCGAAAAUGAGCCGUCACAUCUCUGCAAUGAAGUUUUCCGGCAUACUUCUAAAGCAAAAGCUUCAGCUUGUGCAGUCAAAACAGGUCUAUCAAGCAUACAAAUUUGUGAAUAAUAUUCAAGUUUAUACUGAUCAACAACAAGUCUCCAACAUUCCUGGGCUGAGAGGGUUUGGAUUCAGCUUAGGGAAUUCGUCGUCGGAAGCUCGUUUCCGGAGUACUAUGGCUUCAAAUAAGGAGAAGAACGAUGAAGAGAAAACUUCUGAUAAUAAUGAUAGAGCUGGUGAUCAUCUGAAGGGGAUCGUAAGCUAUUGGGGAGUGAAUCCACCUAAGAUCACUACCAAAGAUGGAUCCCCAUGGAGGUGGAAUUGCUUUAGGCCGUGGGAGACAUACAAAGCAGACACCACAAUUGACGUGACGAAGCAUCACAAGGCUACAACUUUGAUGGACAAGUUUGCUUAUGGGAUUGUCCAAUCUCUCAAAUAUCCAACCUACAUGUUCUUUCAGAGGAGGCAUAUGUGUCACGCAAUGUUACUAGAGACAGUGGCAGCAGUGCCGGGAAUGGUUGGGGGUAUGCUGUUGCACUGCAAAUCUCUACGGCGAUUUGAGCACAGCGGAGGAUGGAUCAAGGCCUUAUUAGAAGAAGCCGAGAAUGAGAGAAUGCAUUUGAUGACUUUCCUUGAACUUUCACAGCCAAGAUGGUACGAAAGGGCACUCGUAUUUGCAGUACAAGGUUUGUUCUUCAAUGGAUAUUUCGUUGCAUACUUGGUGUCUCCAAAAUUAGCACAUAGGAUUGUGGGGUAUCUCGAAGAAGAGGCAGUGAAUUCAUACACCGAGUUUCUGAUUGAUUUGGAAAAAGGGCUGGUGGAGAAUAGACCAGCACCUGCUAUUGCUAUUGAUUAUUGGCGUCUUCCACCCGAAUCAACACUCAAAGAUGUUGUCACGGUUAUAAGGGCUGAUGAGGCUCAUCACAGAGAUCUUAACCAUUAUGCUUCCGUAAGUUAAACCUCUCCUUGAUUCAAUACAUUUUCAGUAUUAAGUAAUUAAUUCUUAGUUAAAAAAAAAAGUCAUAAAUUCUUGAAUUUAUAUUAUCUUCAAAAAAUCAAUAUAACUUGGAAAUUUUUGUUUUAAAAUUACGGUUAAUUUUCCUAUCUCAGGACAUUCAGUGCCAGGGAAAUGAGCUGAAGGACUUCCCUGCUCCAAUUGGAUACCAUUGAUUGCAUCAACAAUUAAUCUUUGUUUGAUAAAUUUCUUCAUCAUCCAGGACUCUUUUGAAGAACCAAUCAUGCUGCACUUUAUGGUUCAAGAAAUUGUUGAGAUUGUUAGUAUUUUGUUCGAACUUCAAUAAUGUAAUCAAGAUUUUCCUUUCAUUUUAAUUUAGGUUUGACAAGUCCACGGUUUCAAAUUUCAAUACCGCACGAAAAGCCCAUUUCAUGACUUACGUUGGGUUGUUCAAAGUAAGUAAUGACUGCCGACCAGCAUGAUUAUAAUGCAGCUGCGAUCAAAUUUUAUUCGUUAAAACUUUUUUAUUAAUAAUUGAAGAUCUGAUUAUGGAG